ACGAUACUACCAUGAGUUUUAUUGAUAAGAGCAUAAUAUUCAUGAAAAAAUCAUAAUGACAAAGCCUAUAUCUGAGCGUGCUACUUGGAGAGGCUGGUGACAGCAGUGUGUGUGUGUGUGUGUGUGUUUGUUUACGGCGAUCAGCUGGUGCGGGCGGCGGGCACGGCGCCUCCUUCUCCAUGUCUCCGCGAUGGAUAUCAAAGAGAAGUUUAUGUCCUUCAUCGACAAGCAGAAGAUAUCGCUCAAGGCACCCGCCGCGACACUCCCGGGCGGGGACUUUGUAACAUCCGAUGACUUCGAGGGGCGCACGGCGGUGGCGGCCCAGCCCCGCCGCCAGAACAGCCUGCUGCGGGAGCAGGCGCUGACCCCCGAGGCCGAGCAGGCGGUCAUCGACGGUAUCGAGCAGGUGUACUUCGAGGCCGAGGACGUGGACGUGGGCGAGCACGAGCUCAAGAAGUUCCCGGAGGCCAUCGACGUGCACGUCAUCAACGGGCUGCGGUCGCGCCUGAGGAAGCAGCACAACAUUGUGUCGCGGCGCGUGUCGGACCUCAUCAUGCAGAAGCAGGGGCUUUGCAGCGAGGAGAUGGCGCGGGUCAUGGAGCUGCAACGCGAGGUGAUCCGGGAGGUGGGACUGUGUGUGGAGGGCCGCAGGAAGCUGGCGCAGGGCCGCAGCCAGUUCACCUCAGCCAGCCUCGGCAUCCUGGCUAACUACAGCAAGCGCCAGAAGAUCGCCAGCGUCAUCCGCUCUCUGAGGAUGAUCCGCACACUGCAGAUGACAGACGAGCAGCUUCAAACCCUCCUGAGGGCGGAGGACUACCCUGGGGCCAUUCAGCUGCUGCUGGAGUGCCAGAAGGCUGCGGCAACCUUCAAGCACUUCACAUGCAUAUCUGAACUGAGCACCAAGCUACAGGACACUCUGGAGGUGGCUGAGGAGCAGCUGGACCAAGGGCUGGCCAGGGUGGCGGCAAACUUUAAUGUCCGGAGCUAUGAGAAGCUACAGACUGCGUAUGGCUUGUUAGGGAAGACUCAGACCUUAAUGGACCAGCUACACAUGCACCUCACUUCGCACAUCCACAACUCAGCCUUCACCAUCGUCCUUGGAUACGUGGAACUAUACAACAGUGCCGCAGUGGGGGGCAAUGGAGGCAUGAUUGGCACUUCCUCCUCCACGUCCUCUUCUUCAAAGCUCCAGUACUCAGAGUUGUGUAAAUAUGUCAAUGAGGAGAGCUUUUUGCCAUGCCUCCUGGACCUCAGUAAAUGUAUGUGGAAUGUCUUAAGGAGCUAUAGGAGCAUAAUUAAGUGGCAUGAGGACAACAAGCCAGCUGGUGGGGAUGACACUUUAGCAGCGGCCAACAGUAAUGCCAGUAAUGGGGGGGAGGGCAGCACAUCGGAGCAGUACAUCAAACAGAAGCUGGAGCACGGCCUCUACAGGAUAUGGCAGGAUGUGCAGGCCAAAGUUCGAACCUUCACCCUGGCCUCGGACCUCUCCCACUUUAAGUUUGACGACUUUUUACGAAUCCUAGACGUUAUUAAUAAGCUGAUUGAGGUUGGUGAGUGUUUCUGUGGGAGCAAGUCUGAGACCCUGCGCGAAUCCAUCAAGCAGCAGUCCAUCAAUUACUUCCGCAACCACCACCGAGCACGCAUGGAGGAGCUACACAUGUUCCUGGAGAAUGAAGGGUGGGAGGCAUGCCCGGUGAAGUCCACGUUCACCAUCCACCAGCUGAUGGAGUACAGGUUCCUGAGGGGCAGGGACACCAGCCUCACUCGCAUCACCUCCCCAUCCGCCUCACCCACCAAGUCACAGGGUGGUGGUGGUCUUGGUGGUAGUGAGAAAGGCGACAUCUUUGAAAAGUAUGGGGAGGAGGCAUCACCCUUUGACCUGGUGACCGAGGAGGCGGUGGAGGAGGACAUCAUGGCCAAUGGUGAGACUGGCGGCAACGGUGGCAGUGGGGGGAUGAGUGACGACGACGAUGAUAGCGACGAGGAUUUACCAGAGGAACUCAAGCGAGACUAUGUUGACGAGCAGCCUGGUGAGGCGCCGCCACCAUCCUCCCGCAACACCCCGAAGCAUCUACGCCACUCCAAGGCCUCCAUCGUGACCAACACAACCCUGACCAUCCUGCGGCUCAUUGGCAAGUACAUACAGAUGAUGCGCCUCCUGCAGCCCAUUGCCUUUGAUGUGAUGGUGUGUCUUAGUCACCUCUUUGACUACUACCUCUACAGUGUGUUCACCUUCUUUGGCGACAGGGGAGAGCUGGAGCAGAGCCUGAGUAGGAGGCUGCGAGCAUCCCUCAAGAGGAUCCAAGACUCUCUCAUCCUCAGCCCGGACGCUCCCCCUGAGGACCCCGUGGACCAGAACAAAGUGCUGUGCCCAUCCCUAUCACCUGUGGUUGAUAUCACCUCACCGGAGAGUAUAUGUGGGCUGUCGGUGCGGGUGGUGGCGGUGGAGAGUCUGGCCUUCCUGGCGGCCCAGCUGGAGGCACUGCAUUGCCACAUCGAGCCGCUCAUCCCGCAGCAGCGCAGGACGUUCCUGCAACAGUUUUACACCGGCACUGUCAAAAUUACGCCAGAGAUCAGGCACCACGUCUACACCGCUGUGGCAGCACAGGCGAUAGACUACGACGGGGUGCUGAGCCGCAUGUCCAGCGUCAAGUGGGACAUUAGCGACCUCAUGAGUCAGCACAGUCAGUAUGUGGACCUCCUCCUCAGGCAGCUACAGGUGCUCAGCAUGCGCCUGGAGGAAGUGAGCCACACUUCACCCAUCCCGGAGGAGGCGUACAUGGCCUUGUGGGAGUCCAUCGUGCGCAUCACCAACCGUACGCUGCUGGAGGGCUUCGCCAGUGCCCGCCGCUGCACCAACGAAGGCCGAUCCCUCAUGCAGCUUGACUAUCAGCAAUUCUUAAUGAAGCUGGAGUGCCUGACAUCAGUGCGCCCCCUCCCAGACCGCCACUUGGUAGAGACAUACAUCAAGGCUUACUACCUGCCUGAGGGUGCCCUGGAGGCCUGGGUGCAGCAGAGCCUCAAUGACUACUCUGCGCGCCAGCUGAACUCUCUCGUUGCCACCAUGACUCAUGUUAGCAAGCGCACGAGACAGAGGAUCGCAGCACUGAUAGAGGAGAGUGGGAAGAAAACCUAGGAGUGGGCUGAGGCUCCUGGAGCAGAACAGGAGGACCUAGGAGGGAGCAGGAGGACUUAGGAGUGGGCCAUCAGCCAGUGCAGGUACACUUGAGGUAGUAACUGUUUGUAGUGUCCAGGGGCUGUUCUCCUUACUCUGCUGGUCUGGAGGAGAGGAGGAGAGUAUUUGGGGAAGAAUGGGAAAAUGGGAAGAAAAAGGAGGGUCAAGGAGAGUAUGUCAAUGAAGAGGGGAAGAAAAGGGGAUGGGGAGAGGGAGAGUGAUGAGAUUGGAGGAGAAAGGAGAUUUGAGGAGUUUGGCAAGGUAGGGAGGAAGAGGGGAGCAGGAGAGACGAGGGGAGGGAGAGUGAUGACAAGAUGGAAGGGGAAAGAUUUGAGGAGAGUGUGGCAAGAUAGGGGGAAGAGAAGAGCAGGGGGAGAGGGAGAGGGAGUGAUGAGAAGAUGGGAGGGAAGAGGAGAGUAUAGCAAGGUAGGGGGAGAGGAGGACAGGGAGAGGGAGAGUGAUGAGAAGAUGGGAGGGAAGAGGAGAGUAUAGCAAGGUAGGGGGAGAGAAGAAAGCACUGACGCUAAAGGUUGUCCAAAUGUACAGACGAACAAAAUAGAAUAGAUUAGUGUUGGAGUUUUAUAACAAUUUGCAAUCUCAUUCUUCAAGUAUUUGUAUUUCCUAAGAUGAAACUCCCUUAUAGCUCAGUAGUGCAGUGGAGGGAGGAGGCUGCCCCUUCUGGAGAAGAAUUAAUUACUGAAUAAGUAACUUCAGAACAAAACAAACUGGAAAUACCUUCACUUUGUCAGGGUUUUCCUUUUUUUGACAUAUCAGUCAUUUGCAUUAAGAUUAAAGUGCGUGAGCCACAUUUUUAUAAAUGAUAAGUGUUCAAGGCAGGAAGGAGAUUUAGAGUCGUGCCACAGCUGCUUUAAUCCAAGUAGAUGUGUUGGCAUCCACAAGAAAAGAAGCAUUUCCUUAGCACUUUUAUGUUUUCACCUUAUACUGUUGUCUCAUGUGAAGUUGUACAUAAGAGUGGCACUAUCUUGAAAGCCAGGUAUUGUUGGUCCAGACCCUUACUUGGGUGUGUGGCAUGAGAGUCAGUUAUAAUGUUGUCAUAGCCAGCGCCGGUUGUCAAAAUCUGAGUUACAUUCCUAAACAGCGGGGCAGUGCUGUGUUCAACUCAGUCCCCUGAGUGAGUUUUUCUCCUCAGCCGUGGUUGUCUUCCCUGUGUAGAACAGGAUGCUGCUAAUAGUGCUGAUAGUGUUUUCUUUUCAUCAUGGAUAAUAGCAUAUCCAUCAGUAAUGGAUAUGUGAUUCAAUAGCAUUUUAUUGGGUAAAUUGUGUUCCCUGCAGUUAUUUAUUUGCAGUUUUAGUAAAUUGUGUUCACUUGAUGGAAAGCUGUUCUUGCACUUAAAUGUGUGGCAGAAUUUUCCAUUACAUCACUUUGUGAUCAGCAAAUCAAUACGUCAUGCUUUUACUUACAGUAACAGUACUGUAAUGCAGACAAUAAGGAGAUAAUGUAGUGUGUAAGGAUGUGCAUACAUUGGUUACAUUAGCUUCUGAAUAUGGCAGUAUUUUGAUGGCGAAAAACUUGGAAGGAUUGGAAGAAAGGGGUGAAGGUGUGAUUUGCAAAGCUGUGGAUGGAGUAAAUCUGUGUGACUAAAAGAUCAAAUUAUGUAUAAGUGAAGCAGUCUUGGUGUCUGGCAAAAACUUUUGAAUGAUGGUGCCUCUUGGCCAGAUGGACUCCAGAAACAAACUCUUGAGGUGCGUUGUAUAAAAGUCUGCCAGAAAUGGACAAGUGGCAAAGCUGUAAACGAGGUGCAUUUACUAACCGGGUGAAAAGCAAAAAUGUAGAUAAAAGUCAAGUUGCUUGAUGCAUUCCAUCUUACAUGAAUAAAUACAAAUGAUAAAAGAUUGCUGCAAUAGGCGCACCUAACAUCACUGUAGCCGAUCCAGGAUUCAGUACGUUUCCUAACUAGUAGAAGGUAAUGUUAUAAUUGUAUUUCGUAAAGAAUCCUUAUAAUCAAAAACUAACUAAAAUUAUGGGUAUUCUUUUCUUGAACAGAAUAUUGAAUAAACAACAGAACAAUAAUAUGAAAAUACAUAUAGCUACCGUUGCCAGGCCAUCGUACUCAGAGCACAGUAUUAACCGGUUUCUGACGCCUAACUAUUGCCAAGAAACAUCAGGAUCUAACUCUUUUAAUGACAACUAUAAAUUAGUUUCGUUAUUGGAGCCCAGAAGACAGUUUAGGGGUAGGAAAUCGGAAAAUAUAAUUGGCUGAGUACAACAAUCUGGCAACGUUGACUUAGCUGUAGCCCCGAGGACCAAGGGUGCUCCCAUGCCAUUUUGCGGGUGUCAGAUACCACAAAUAGCAUAUUUUUACUGCGCAAAGCAGGUGAUGUCACUUAUUGUGACUAAGUGAGCUUUCAUGUUAAUCUAUUUGUGUAUAUUUCAUGGUGGCAAAACUUUCAUUACUACUUUCAUUUUUACUAGUGACACGAAUAUGUGACUGUUUUUCACAAUACAAUUUCACUCAAACAAGUGAAUCAAACACCACAGAAAUAUUACCAGUGUGUGUAUAAAUGAAUACAAAGAUAAGCACAUACUUUGAUUUAACUCUAGGAUGUCUCGACUCUCGUGGAUCAUUAAUAAACAAAAACAAAAUAUCAGGAUAGGCUACUCUUUAGCCCGUUACCGACUAUGGCUGCCAAAAAAGUCCCUCCGCCAAGUUUGUACCCCCCCAUUUGGUGAUUGUCAGGUGCGCCUAUUGACAAGUGUUACAGAACUGUCAUAACAAAGAUGGUAAAGUAUAGAUGUUACAGAAGUUGUAAAAGUUCCUUGAAUGAACCUAAGAUAAAGGAUAGCUUUGAGGCAGAUGGCAGUGAGUGACUUGUAGACAGAUGGUUCAGUUAUCAUGAAGCACAGGUGGUAACAGUCUGCCAGGAUAAGGAGGUGAUAUUCAGACUCCGCAUGAGUGACAGAAGGAUUACCAUAACAGACAUGAGAGAUAAGGAAGGACGAACACAGGCUGCUGGUGCAUCUUAUUUAUACCCAGCACAGUUUCUCUCAUAUCCGAGCCUUUAGUAGUGGUUAGUGCUUAUCCUUAAGAAUCCUGUGCUAGGUGUGCAGCAGCUGCAGCAGCAGCAGUAUGUCAGGCAGAAAUCAAAGCUCACUUUUGUUAUUUCCGAAGAAAUGUUUUCAAGUCCUCUCCAUUGUCACAGGUAUAUCUCUGUCAGUUUAUGUCUUAUCUACUGCAAGUUCUAAAUCCAAAGAAAAAUAGAAAUGUUAACUCAGGCAGUGCAGCUUCAUGGUUCACACUCCAACUGGUUUAUGUUGUAUGAACUUAGGGCACCUGGAAGUAUAUUUGAACCUCAGGAUCUCGUUACAUAGUGCAUGGGAUCAAAAGGGGAAGGUAAAGAAAAAUGUUUCUUUGGUAAUGGCACAAUAAUUCUGUAGGAUUCAAUUUGUAUGGAGUAAUAAUUGUCGUGUGAGAGGAAAAUGUGGGGGGCAUUGUUCUAGUGACUCUGUGAUGAUUCCAAGAAAGUAUAAUUUUAAGUUUGUCACUCACCCUGCCUUAUAAAUACUGCUUACCUAACAAUGGUAUGUGUGUGUGUGUGUGUGUGUGUGUGUGUGUGUGUGUGUGUGUGUGUGGUGCUUUCAUUACACAGGCAUGUAUGCCUGGGGGAAGGGCAUAGGAUAUGUAGUUGUUUAUAAAAUGCUAAACUAUUUUAAGGAUGCUACUGUGCUGUCUUGGAGCUAAUGAUGUGAGUGGCAGCCACGCCUGCCAAUGCUGGGGGGUCCUCGACUUACGACGGAGUUCCGUUCCUAUGACACGUCAUAACCUGAUUUUGUAUUUAAGUCAAAACACACCCUUUAUUAGAAGGAACUGUCAGCCCCAACCCUCAAAUCAAAGUGCCAUAAGCACCUAAAUCACUCACCUAUGCUAUGCCUGGGAGACAUAAUGAAGGCCAAAAGUCAAUGAAAAAACACAAACCAAAGAUAUCGAAAGCACAACAAACCAAAAUGGCAUACAGCGGGAAAUGAGCUUGCCUUCUUCCUUGGCCAAGCGCUGUGUGAUGACGUAUUGUUACGUCGCGGUCACAAACUAGUUCACACAUGAAGUUCGUAAUUACGACAUCAAGUCGAAACGAGGAUUUUUUAAUAAUUUAUGGGGAUUGCGUCAUAACCCGAGGACCCUCUGUAAAUGAAUCUCUGUACUACAAGAGGAAAGAGAGUCAUUAGCUGGGAGAUCCUUAAGUUUAGGAAUGGCUUUAACAAAGAACAAAUUUAUUUAAUAAAUAUUUCAUGGUAAUAGUGCAAUGCAUUAUACAGUAGAGUUAUAAUUAGGUAAAAAUUUUAAAUGAGUCAUAAGGAAGAUUGACAUCUUCCAUUGUACAGUAUAAUAUUUAAUUGAAAUCUCCAUGGUUUUAAAUUUAUUUCAGAAUAAAAAUCUAAGGUGGGGACAUUAGCUCAACAACUACUGUUUGGGCCUUGCUCAGUGCAUACCUAGCAAUUAUUUUUACAUCAAAAUUGUAAACCAUGGUUUUAGAAGCAUGUUUGACAUUAAAAUAUGCUUUGCUUUUGUGUAUGAUUGUGCCGGGAAAUAACUUUUUUCAUCUUCCCCUUGGACAUCAACAAUUCCACCCAAGCAACACUCACUGAUGUGCCUCCACGGUCUAGUGGUCAGCGUACCUGGCUACCACUCCGCAGGCCCAGGUUCAAAUCCUGGCCCAGGCAGUCAGCGUGUAGCUCACCCAGCCGUUCAUCCUCCUUUUUGGGCUGGUCGAUAAAUGAGUGCCUGGGGAAACCUGGGGAAGGUAAACUGUGGUAAUCCCGGAUUUCACAUCAGCCUGUGUCCCGGAGUAACUACCACAGGCUCAAAGGGCCAACUGUUCAGAGAUGAGCACCGCAGCCACACACAGCCAUAGCAUAUGCACCCACCUUUACCUUUAACACUCGCUGACUCGUUAUGAAAGUAGGCAUCAUUAUCACUGGUAUAGGCAAGACGUUUUCUUUUCAGUCAUUUGCAUCAAAUGAAAUUAAUGAAAAUGUAUUAACAUCAGAUCACUUGUAUUCACAUCCCAAGUAAAUAAGUGUCAAGUGAAACAUUGUACCUGUCUGCAAUAAGUAUGUAUUUGUGAUAAGUAUUUGUUCACUUCUAUGUCUUAAACAAGAAAGUAUCAAUUUUGGUUUUGUUUUACAACUCAAGGGUGGAUAGUAAGGCACUGUGGCUUUAAAAAUUUAAAUUCUAUUUUGGAGGUGAUACUGUUGUAGCAAUCUGCUAAUCUACACUGGAAUUUUCCACAUACCUGAUGUCAUUUCUAAUCAUCUGGAGGCCUAAAGAAUAUUACACUU